UUUUUUUACACUCAUUAGUCUUUACUGACUCAAACGAGCCCAAUGCCGCCGCGCACCACUCCAUUCCAGUCCAAGCACUGUCUGGAGUUCGGCCUCGAGAUCGUCUCCAGGGACCAGCACGGCAACCCGAUGGUGCGGUGCAACUUCUGCACUUUUGAGGGCCGCGACAAGGUGAAGAUCACGGAGGGAGGAACCCGGAAGCGCAAAAGUCGCGUCGACGUCAAGUACUUCACCAAGCCGUUCACGCCCUUAAACUACCGAAGUCACCUGAACGGUCAGCACAAGGAAUCGUGGGACGCAUACCAGCAGAUGUCGACUUCAGCGAAGAAAGAAUACUUCAACGACAAGAUUAGCAGCACUAACACGCUUCACGUCCAUAUGGACUUGACCAGCGACUCAAUCGAGUACACGAUCAAGGCGCCCAUCGUUGAUACGAUCAUCGGAGGGCUGUUCUUCAACGCGGAGGCUAUCCAGGAGGAGGACUGCGACGACGCCGGAGAGGACGCGGCGUCAGCAGCAUCCAAGAAAAUCAACAAAUUGGCCAAACAGAAGAACAACGCAAUGUUGCUGUUCAAGCAGGGGGAGCGAGCGUCGAAUGGGGCGGCUUCGUACACGGUGGUGAUCAAGAACACCAUGCGGUACCAACUAGCGAUCGAUCACGUUGACGGCGCUUGCAAUCGGGCACGCCAAAAAUCGGGCCAAAGUACUGGACCCAAGCUGGCAGGCAUCAACGAUCUCAUCGUCGGCCAGUAUGUCCGCGUGCAAGUCGCAGUCGCGCUCCAACGUAUUGGCGACAUGCUGAACAAUGACAAGCAGGUGUGGGCGUUCUCGUUGGCCGGUGACGGUAGCACCCAUCGCGGUCAGUCAUUCUUCGAUCUCCGCCUGCGCUUGUACUGGCACGGCCGUCUACUGAACCUGCACCUGGUCGCGCUUCCGAUGUUCGACCGCCACACCGCCGAGAACAUGUUCAACAUGAUUGUCAAACUCCUGGACGCGCUCUUCCCUAAGUGGCGGGCGAAGUUGAUUGGCGUGUCAAGCGACGGCGAGAAUACGAUGACCGGGCGCCACCGCGGCCUAGUCACGAGGCUUGUGGCUGCCGCCGAGUACAAUGUCAUGCGUGUCUGGUGCGCUCCGCACCAGAUCGACAUCAUCGCCAAGGAGUGUGCUGACCGAAUCGACGGCGGGACAUGGAUCAAGUUUGCCUACUCCUACACCGUCUACCUGCGCGCCCAGUUCAAUCUGAUCAUCGAGAUGGGCGUCAAGUGCCCCCAAGAAGACGAACCGCUGGGUGCAUCUCGGAAACGUGCUUAA